AUGGACGGGAUCACCAUGGGCGGCGGCGCGGGCCUGUGCAUGCAGGCGCCCUUCCGCAUCGCGACGGAGAAGACGAUGUUCGCGAUGCCCGAGACGAAGAUCGGGUACUGCCCCGACGUCGGCGCGAGCGCGUUCCUCGCGAGACUCGACGGCGAGCUCGGCACGUACCUCGCGCUCACGAGCGAGAUCAUCUCGGGGCGCGAAGUCUACGAACUCGGCCUGGCGACGCACUUUGUGCCCAGCACCUCGCUCCCCGCGCUGCUGCGCGCGCUGCAGGCGCUCGAAGAGCCCUCGUGGGAGGCGGUCGACGCGACGAUCGAGGGGUUCUACAUCGCGCCCGAGGAGCUAGGCGUCGGCGGGGACUUUGAGGGACAGGUGAAUAAGGAGCAGGCAGAGGGCGUCCCCCCCUCGGAGCGCUACGCGCGCACGCAAGGCGGACAGCCGCAGACGCAAGCUCCCGGGCAAUCGAGCGUCCUCGCCCUCCCCACCGGCCCCCACUCCGGCGCGGUCCGCGCCGCGAUCGACCGCGCGUUCUCGCGCCCCUCCGUCGCGGGGAUCCUGCACGAGCUGUCCCACCUCGCCGAGCACGGCUUGGCUCUCCCUUCUGCUAGUAAUGCGGAAGCAGAAAAGGAGCAGGUGAAGAAGUGGGCGGGGAGGGUUAUGGGGGUGUUGGGGAUGCGGAGCCCGACGAGUUUGGUGGUGAGUCUGGAGGCGCAGAGGAGGGGACGGGAGGCAGUGAGGGGGUGGCCGGCGAGCGGGCUUCUGAGGAUGGAGUUGGGCAUUGCGACUGCGUCGGUGUUUCCGCGCUCUCUUUACCGGCGCAAGCCAAUCCUGCUCGCGUGGGUGAAGUCGCGCAGUGUCCCGGAUUACGACGAAUGA